AUGGGUUCCAACGGGUCCAAAGUUGCCCAGGACACAGCGCUGCACGAGAAGGCUGUCCUUGAGCGCCUCCGCGCUAUGCACAUUCAGAGUCACGAUAGGAGCGAUGAAGGCUAUGUCUACGUCGAUGAUCAGAAAUCGGAGCCGGCGGAUCAGAUCGAUGAGAAGGCCGCCAGGGCACUCAAGUCGAGGACGCCGGAGAAUAUCUCCGUCUCACAGAUGGGCGCCUGGCAGAAGCUGGCUUUGGCUGCCCUCUCAGCAAACAAUCCCAAGGAACUGCUGUUGUCUCGUGCCACCCAGAUCGCGGAUCAGCAGGUCUUCAACGUCAAGAUCCCCUUCGAGGGUGGCCCCAUCACGAAUCAACGCAGCAGUGGCCGGUGCUGGCUCUUCGCGUCGACGAACGUCUUCCGGGUGGCCCUGAUGCAAAAGUACAACCUCGAGGCGUUCGAGCUGUCGCAGGCAUACCUGUUCUUCUGGGACAAGCUGGAGAAGUCCAACUGGUUCCUCGAGCAGAUCAUCUCGACUGCGGACCAAGACCUCGACUCCCGUCUUGUCCAGAGACUGCUCGGCGAGCCCCUUAGUGACGGCGGCCAGUGGGACAUGGUCUACAACCUGGUCGAGAAGUACGGCCUGGUGCCGCAGAGCAUCUACCCGGACAGCUACAACGCCAUGUCGUCCGGCACGCUCAACGCCAUCGUCUUUACGAAGCUCCGCGAGUACGCCCUCCAGCUGCGGGACCUGCUCGGCAAGCCCUCGACCACCUCGGACAAGAUCCACCAGGCCAAGUCCAAGAUGAUGCACGAGAUCCACACCAUCCUGACUCUGACCCUCGGGCCCCCGCCGUCGCCGACCGACGAGUUCACCUGGAGCUUCCUCGACAAGGGCGGCAGGGCGAAGGAGGUGCGCGCCACGCCGCUCACCUUCUCCAAGGACAUCUACAGCUCGGGCUUCCGGGUCAGCAGCGCCGCCAUCGCGCGGAUGGUGUCCCUGGUCAACGACCCGCGGCACCCGCCGCUGUCGCUCCUGACGGUGGACCGGCUCGGCAACGUCGUCGGCGGGCGCGGCGUCACCUACAUCAACGUGGGCGCGGACGCGCUGAAGCGGGCCUGCGUCGCCAUGCUGCGGGCCGGGCUGCCCGUCUUCUUCGGCAGCGACGUGGGCAAGUUCAGCGCCGCGGCGAGCGGCGUCAUGGACCUGGACCUCAUCGACUACGAGCUCGGCUUCGGCGCCGGCGUCGGCAUGCUGGGCAUGGACAAGGCGGCGCGGGUGCGCACGGGCGAGAGCGCCAUGACGCACGCCAUGGUGCUGACGGCGGUGCACGUCGACGACGAAAAGUCCGGCGGCCGGCCCGUCCGCUGGCGCGUGCAGAACAGCUGGGGCGAGGCGGCCGGGGACAGGGGCUGGUUCGUCAUGAGCGACGCGUGGAUGGACGAGUUUGUGUACCAGGCCGUCGUCGACCCUGCGUUCCUGCCCCGGGAGGUGACGGACGUGCUGGACCAGGAGCCGAUUGUGCUUCCGCUCUGGGACCCGAUGGGAUCGCUGGCGUAG